AUGAAAUGAACAAUAAUCGUAAAAAAUGCAUUCGUUCCGAAACGUUUGCAUUUUACUACAUGCACAUAUAACACACAUUUAAUGUAUCUAUAUCUAUAUCUAAUUCUAAUUGCUUAACUGAUCGACUAGUUUUCUAUCAGACUAAAAAAAAGAAGAGAAAAGAAAAAAAUACGGCGAGACGUUGAUCACAGCGAGGACCCGAUUCCUUCUUUCUUUCAGCCACGGUGUCUGAGGCUGCACGAUUAGAUAAGAGCCCGGUUCAUAGUGCGUCCGAGAUGCAGAACGCAUAAGAGACCAAGAAACCGGAGGACCGGCCUCAGUUAAAGCUGCGUGUGCAUACCGGCGAAUUCGUUGGCAAAUCGCGAGCAAAAGCUUUCCUUCGAGUUGCUAGAUCAGCGAGUGUCCGUCGAGUGCGGUGCACGUGUGCCCUCCCUCGAGUCUUCUCGUUCAGACUUUCGUCUCAAGAUCGAGCUAUGAAUCCGUGGUUUGAGAGAACGGUUCACCAGUUAGGCUCGGAUUGAUCGCGAUUAACUCUUUCUACAAGCUACCAGUUAAAAAGACAUAAGAACCCAAGAAAAUUCGAAAAUGCCAGCCUGCACCAGCGAGAACGUCUCGAGGUUCUGGUCCUCGAGCCCGUCGAUUUCCAGGAGCAACAGUGUGUCGCCGCCCAUGCCCAGCUCGCCCCUGUCCACUUCGCCGCCCUUCGUGUCACCGAUAUCGACCCUGAAACGAUCGAUAUCGAACAUAUCCAACUCCUCCAACGCAUCGAACGUGUCUUACUCGUCGAAUAACUCGGUCGCCCCAACUGUCAUCUUCUCCCCGAGACGUCAGCAGCAACAGCAGCAACAAAGGUUACAAUUGAACCAGCAGGCUCAGCCGACGCAAGGACAAAACCACAAUCGAAACGGUUCGUUGCUGCUCAAGGUACUACUCGCUUACGUCGGCGUGGUGCUCGGAAUAUUUCAAAGCAUCGUGAACGGGAUAACCUACGCGUUCUGGGCUCCGGCGCUAUGGGUGUCCAUUUGGAUCUACAUGCUGUGGGUACUCUUCCAGUUCCCUGUCACCGCUAUCAAGUGGUUCCUGACCGUACUCUAUACUCCGACCUCGGAGAGGACCCGAAACAAACGCUGUGUGCUGAUCAGCGGAGGCAGCACGGUGCAGGCGGUUCACCUGGCCCGCAAUUUCUACAAAGCCGGGGCCAGGGUGGUGGUCUGCGAACUGGAUGGACUAUUCGGGCUGGCUAAAUUUUCCACAGCUUGCUCCAAGUUUUAUACGAUCCCGAAACCCGGGCCGGGCAACGCCAUCAAGUACAUUAAAGCGCUGAAGGACAUCGUUCAAAAAGAGAAGGCGGUUUACUACAUUCCGGUGAGCGCCACUAACACGGCCUAUUACGACGCCCUGGCGAAACCCUACUUGGAGGUCAUGGGUUGUGAAUGUUUCGUGCCCAGUGCCAGUGAAGUGACAGCCUUGGACGAUCCUCUGGAACUGCUGCGAAGAUGUCGAGCCUUGUCCUUACCCACGCCUCAUCACUCCGUGCUGCGAUCUAUGCAGGACGUGUCCAGGUUGUACGAGCAGAACGCCUUCACCACCGGCAGGUACCUGAUGCUGCCCGCGGGACCUGCUGGAAUGAGCGACAGGGGUAAGGUGAUCUUGCCGCCGACCGCGAGGGAGUUCCGCAACCAGCAACACGAGAUCAGCGAGAAUAAACCCUGGGUAGUAGUUCGAGACCCUAAUGGGAAGCAUUACAUCACCUGUACUACGGUCAAGGAGUCGAAAAUUGUAGCGAACGUAACCUGUAUGGUGGACGAGGAGCGAGGCUUGAUACCGGAGGAACGGCCGGAAGUGAUGCAGUGGUUGAAUCAGUUCUUUGGACGGUCCUUCGGCUCGAGGAUCAACGGACACCUGAGUUUCCGGCUGGCAGUAGCGGAAGACGGAGAAUUGGUACCUAUCGGAUGUCGGGUCGGAGUUAGUCUACCUUACAUCUGUCACACUGGUAUACACCCUCGAUUGGUUUGGAGACCGUGCAGGCACUUCUCCAGACAGAACUCCGGCAUUUUCUUCAAUGCGGACAGACAUUCAUUGCCCGAUGCGGUUGCCUGUGCACUGAAACGACCAACGGGGGAAACUGCGCCCCACAUGAUAGGCACCGUGCUCGACAAACGGGAAGCUCUGUUCACUUACUGGGACCCCUUGCCCUACUGCGCUUACUAUCACCUGCAGCUCCCGUUCAGGCGGCUGGCUGGCAUGAUCAGGGCGCAACCUGUGCAACAUAAUCCGCCGUUAGGAGUAGUGCAGUAACCUACGAACUAAAAAGUAACGUUUAGAAACGAAUCGAUUUUUAUUUGAACGGAGAUCUUCGACGAAAGAUUUCGAUGGUAAGAGAUUAUCGUAUCGUCAAUUUGACGAAAGAAUAAGCUCGCUUCGCACAACUCGACUGAGCUCGAGAGGUCCCCCACCGCCCGUGUUACCCCACUAUUAUCCGUUUUCCACUUUUUCGUUUGCAUACAACGUGGACAAUUAGUACGAAUAGUGGGAAAAGGUGAUGGACAACCACUUUGCGAGAAACCGGCACAUGGCGCGUAAACAUUUGCGGGCACCGGUUAGUAGAUUUUCGUAUAUUGUCACGGGAUCAAAUUUAUAAACGUAGGACUUAAAAAAUUUGAGAACUUACCGAUUUGAAAAGUUCUAAAUCUCUUUAAGAGAAAACUCGCUCAACCGGCAAUACAAAUAUUCUUCGUUCAACGAAAGACCAUAACAUACGACAAGUUGUCAUGCAUUCUGCGCAUCUUAGCUCUGAUUGGUUCGAAUAUGCGUGGUAAUUUGCCAUGUUCAUGGUACCAUAUACCCCAUGACCUUUUAUUCUGUGUACUUCCUAUAUCUUCAAUUCUUCUUCUCAUUCACAUAUUUUUGUACACCAUGUAUAUGAUUGACGAACUAAAAAUAUACAAUAGAGAGACAACUCUAAGUAAAAAGGUGAUUACUGAAAUUGGUCGAGUUACGACAAAGAGAUGGCCUCUCGUUGACCGAAGUAUUGACUCUACUAUAAUAGCCUAUAUUUAAUGUAUUCAUUUGGUUGUUAGUAGAAAAGUAGAUUUAAUAUCGUUCUUUCUCUCGCACACAUUGCUGCACGCAUCGUGCGCAUAGAAAUAUACGAAAUAUAAAGUGUUGCAGAGUGUUUGCAAUGUUAGUAAAGCGCAUGCGCGCGACCCUUGAAUACGAUCCAUGUGAGGACGAAUGAGAAUAGACAAUAAUUUAUUUCGACUAUCAACGCGCAGGAAUAGGUAAAGAUCUAUUUUGGCGCCAAAUCGACAAUCGAUAUCGAUGUAUAGUUUGGGACGCCAAGUUCGAGAGAUUGCGAACGUUUCACGUGAACAGCCAGUAUUCAAUGUCGGUUGUUUAAAAAAGAAUAAAGUGGAACGAGAAACUGUAAAAUUUGAGUGGGGGAAAUGUGAGGUCAAGUUCGCGUCUGUCGAUGAUAAAUACUUCUGAACUCACGAUUGGGAGCGAAUGCAAAGCAAAUAAAAAAGUUGAAAAAUAAAGAAAAGACAUGUUUGAAUCACGUGCUGUCGUUGUUGGACGACGAUGCGACGUUUUUGCGCGUCGCGAUUAACUUAUGUUCCUAUCUUCGUAGACUGCUAUGGUGGUGUAUGUGUGUGUAUGUGUAUGAAAGAGAGAAAAAGAGCUUAAAGUUGAGAUUUUCUAACUAUGCUGAGCGUGAAAAUUGUAUCGCGUCUUGUCGCGUGUAAAUAGUAACGUUUAAUCGAGCCUGAUAUAGCAUUUAUUUCUCGUCGGAUGUGCCAUUUUUCUUUUUGUUUUUCCCGUGUCGACAAUUCGACUUUGUACCCCGGUUAUAACAGAUAAGCGAGCACACGUAAACGUGUGCACGUAUAGAAUGAAACGAUUUUAUAUUUUAUAUUUAAUUCAAUACACUUCGUUAAGCUUCGUAAUAAGUUGUAAAUAAUGUUAAGUAAGCUAUAAUUACUGUAACGGUAUAAUAUUGAUAAGCUUGAGUGCAGACAGAUUUAUACAUUAAUGGAAACGUUCCAACCGAUUCAUGCACGGUAAUGAGGCGUUUACAGAAUUUCUGUAUUUAUAGUAUUUGAUAUUUUUAUAAGACGCUGGACAGAUGAUAACAUUCGUGUAAAUACUCGUGAGGAUAUUCUAAUGAUAACGAAAAUCAUUAAUAAAAGCUAUUCAGAACGCUGUUUUUUUAUAUAAUCGUUGCUUUUUAUUUUUGUGUAUGUAUUGCGUGUAGCCACCUCGUGUUAACAUGUUUUUUGCCGUAAUAGAAGUAGGAAUGAAAUUUCUGUCAUCUUUUAAUAAUCUGAUUAAAUUAUAUUUAUAGUAUUGCUUACCGAUGACUUCCAUCUAUUACUAUUUUUCAAAGAAUUCAAAAACAUUUUAAUGAUUAAAUUUUUUAAAGUUAGAUUUUCUUUAGAAGGCCUUUAUAAUAAUACGUCUUGUGUAUAACCAUUCUCAUGGUUAGGUUAUGGCCAAAUUUUAUUAGGCAUAUAAAGUCCCUAGCAUAAAUAUUUUAUUAAGAAAAGUACAUAUUUAUAUUUUUAAAACAACAACCGAUAAUGUAAAUAGAACCCAGCCUGGUUAUGAAAAUUAGUUUAUUAGUUUCUUUGAAAUAGUGUACAAUUCUAACAAUCCAGACACGCACGUGAUUGGCAUACAUAAAACGUGUGGCAACACGUGACGAUGUAACGCGUGGUAAUACAACUCAUAGUGAUAUAACUCGAUCCUGUAGAAUUGCGAAUUUUGCGGAAAAUUGUUAUACAGAUGGUGAAAGCAAAACAUACCACAAUCUUUUAUUAUGUAAAGCUGAGAAUAAAGAAUGUAUUAUAAAAAAUAAAAAGUGUGAAAUGUGGAA